AUGUCACAAAAAGAAAAUGAAUCAAUUGAUCAAUUUGUGACAAGGUUAAGACAACAAGCUAAGUACUGUUCAUUUGUUUCGGUAGACGAGGAAUGUAGAGAUCAGAUAAUUGAACGAUGUCAAAUGCCUGAAAUACGAAGAAGAGCUCUAGAAAAAAGAGAUGUAACACUGGGACAAAUAGUGGAAAUAGCCCAAGCAUUAGAAGCAACGUCAGUUCGGCUCAAAAGUAUGGACAAAACAGAAACAGUGGCGAAGAUAUCACAAAAAGGAAAUAAGAAGCCACCACAAAAGAACAAUGAAAAGGACAUUAACUAUUAUCGAUGUGAAUAUAAAGGACAUCAACAGUGGGAAGAAAAAUGUCCAGCAAAAGGGAAGAGAUGUGACAACUGCAAUGCGAUAGGACAUUUCGUAAAAAUGAGUAGGACAAAAACAACAGAAAAUGAAAAAAAGAAAGAUGAAACAAAAUGGGAAAGAAGAAACAGUGGAAAAAAAGACUUCAAUUGA